AUGUCUCCCUUAACCACCAACGACUUAAAGAGGAUCUUCCAAAAGCUCGACAUGAAUGGCGAUGACCAAGUUAGCCUUGAGGAGUUGAGCUGGCUUCUCGAGAGGAUUGGUGUUCAGUUUAGCCAGACAGAGCUUGAGUCCUUUGUUGGAAAACCAAGCCUCAACUUGGACGAGUUCUUGUUCUUCUACGAAUCCAUAUCAAAGCAUAGUGGCAAUAAUGAAGACGAAUAUAAUGAAAAAGAUCAAGAUGAGGUUGAGGUUGAGGUUGAGGAGAUCAUUAUUGACAUUGUUAAGGUGUUCAAGGUGUUCGAUCAAAACGACGACAGAUUCAUCUCUUGUGAGGAGCUUCAAAGAGUACUAAUAAGAUUAGGUUUGAUGGUAGAGAACAGUGACAGAGAUUGCAAGUCUAUGAUUAAUGCCUUCGACGCCAAUUUCGACGGCAAGCUUGAUUUUGAAGAGUUCAAAAGCAUGAUGUUGCAUACCAGUUCUUAA